AUGGGUCAAGAAGCUGGCAAACCUGCCUGGCCCAAACCAGCAGGAGGAUAUCAGACUAUUACAGGUAGAAGAUAUGGAAGAAGACAUGCCUAUGUUGGUUUUAGACGAUCUUUGAAUAGCCAAGACAGAGAUGAACAUCAACACAAUGAAGACUACGAACAAUUAGAAUUGGAGGAUGAUCAGAAAGCGAAUUUUUUAUGUUCCAGUCCAUUGAUUCAAGUUUCUUCUGGUUUAUUAGAUGAGCCUUUGUUAGAAAAUACUGGAACUGGAGAACCCAUUUGCCAAAGUGUAUUGACCCAAACUUCUGAAGCGAACACAUCACCAUUUUCUCUAUUGUCUUAUGGACUGGAAGGCAACCAAGUCUUAGGGGACUUUAUGAAUACUUAUGAAAAUUCUGGGGAUCUUGCAAAAUAUGUGUCUGAAGGGCAUAAUGAUUUGAAUGGUCAGGAUGGAAUUGCUUUUGUAAACAUUGACUCAUAUGAACCAGAUAGCAGUGAUGGAGAGGAAGAUGAUGCUCAAGACAAUUUUUCUUUGGCAAGAGAAGAAGCAGGUGUAUUUCAGGAAACACUAGAUAACAUGCUUUCUGAGUUAGAAAAAGACGUAGAGUCUUCUACUGACUUACAGUCUGCUCUGAACCACAGUGUUUCUAGAGCAUGUUUGCAAGAAGCAGAACCAAUGUUUUUAAUGAGAUAUUUUAGCAUAGAUCCAGACUUGGCAUGUCCAAACAAUAGGGCAUUUAAGUCUUCUGCUGAAGAUCAAGCUAUACCAAAAAGUAACACGAGUGGUGCCAAUUGUGAAACACAACAAAUAAAAAGUGUAGUGAAUGUUGGAAUUGGAACCCCUGUAGCAAUUGCUGAUGAGUUAAAUGUUGAUGAUGGAGAGACUGACCAAGGAAAUUCGCCUGAGCUAGUCGUGAGACCUAAAAUAAGAAAACAAAAUACUGCAAACCAUUUGGAGAGAGGGAAGGUGCUCCCUAACGAUGAUGAAGAGGAAAGUGGUUCCUGGAGGAGAACCGAAACUGCUGAAGUCCAGCAAGGCUGUGCCGAGUAUGCCUUGAGAAACAGCAAAGAAGAGAUGAGUUCUAGUAUGUUCUUUGAUUCAGGAGAGUAUGAAGGUCAUCAAAAGAACCCAGAAAUAAACCUAAGGAAAAAUGCAGCAUCUCAAGAACAAAAUACUGUUCUAGGUGGUAGUGAUUUUUGGGAUGAGUUUGAAGACUGCAGCAGAAAAUUCUCAACAUCCCUCGAUGAUGAAGAUAGCUCAGAAUACAGUGAUGGAGAAUGGUGUGCAGCUGUGUUUACGUGUUCUACUGCUACAGAAGUAGACCAGUCCUCAAGUGAUGAAAGCUGGAAAACUGUCCCAGGCAGGGAGGAAUGUGAGACUGAAGUGCAGAGCAGCUGCAGUGGUGUAGAAGGGGAGAACACACACUUCUGUUUCCAAGGAGGGGAACAGGCAUUAUUGGAGGAAGGAGAGGUUCCUUGGUUACAGUACCGGGAAGAAGUAGAAAGUAGCAGUGAUGAGGAAAAUGAUCCAGUUAGUGAUUUCACGCAUCCUGGAUUCUUCCUGUUGGAUGGAAAUAACAACCUUGAGGAUGACUCUAGUGUGGGUGAAGACCUGGAUGUGGAGUGGAGAGUACUUGAUGAAUUUGGCGAUGGCCUAGAACUUGCUCAAGGCAUUCCUUAUAUGGAUCCUCAGUUUCUCACAUUCAUGGCACUAGAGGCACAUUUACAACAAGCUGUGGAGGCUGCUCUGGCACAUUUGGAGUCUCUUGGAUUUGGUGUUGAACAGGCUCAUCCACCAGCUACUAGAGAAACCAUAGAUUGUCUGCCACAGACUGUCCUCACAGAUGACCGUGAUGGUCAAGAGAGUUGUACUAUCUGUUGCAGUGAAUAUAUGAAAGAUGAAAUCAUAACAGAGCUACCCUGUCAUCAUUUGUUUCAUAAAUCCUGUAUAAUUCUUUGGUUACAGAAUUCGGGAACAUGUCCAGUUUGUCGUCACGUGCUUACACCUGCGCUUCCUGAAGCAGCUGCUGACUCUGUUUCUUUUCUAUCUGGUUGUGAUUCUGCAUCUUCUGUUCACAAUGCUACAGGCACUUCAAAGUAG